CAGCAGAAUCCAGUCCUACCCAGAGGACUUCAAUCCUAGCUGAUGUUUCUGAGUACCCUUUCCUGUCUUGUAUUAAAGGAGGGGGGAAAAAAUAACAGCGCGGGUAAAAUGCCAAAAUUUGCACGGUAAAAGUUGAAAUCGGUAAUUUAUUUAUUACUCAUCGGUAAUUUGGUGACUUGAUCCGAUUAGAUAAAAGUAAAAGGUCUGUUACAAGAUAGCAAUGAUUACCUCGACUUCCAAGGGACGGACAAGCAGAGCAGGGUAGGGAGGAAGGUAAAGUGAAGGGUGGAAGAUGGGAGCAGAGCAGGCACUGAAGAGAAUUCCACGCAUUAAAUUCCCUCAAAGACACCCGAAAUCCUCUGCCUCAGGUUGUGUGUCUGAAACGCAAGCAAGACCCAAAUAUGGGAACAUCAUCGAUAGCUUCAUUACAAGGUCAAGGUCAGAUGUUCCAGCACCGCCCAUCAACACUGCUGUAGGAGGAAAAGCAUCUCUUCUCCCAAAACGUACACCUGUCUCAGAGAGGGAAAUAGAGGCCAUUCUGUUGGGGGGCUGCUUCUGACAUUUCAGAGGACAAGCCUCGUCAAGCAACGCAAUCUACCUGGUCUAUUAUUUCCUUUGUUGUGCCGUGAAACAGAUUUUCAGAAUGUAACUACUAAUGUGUUAAAAGGCCUGUGAGCUGGGGAUGGAGAGAUCUCCAAUCCAUCUUUAUGAACUGUUAUGGGUGAGAGUACAUUCUCAGUAAAAUAAUUAUGUACAAGGAGCUUCUGUUUCUUCAUGAGGCAAAGACCGGUUUAACCUA